UUAAGAGGUGAACUUAUUCGUAUUAUGGACAAUACGUUUUCAGUUAGUUUUUAUCUUUAUCAGCUUUUGUCGAACGAGUACAAACGAAGUUUUGUUGAAUUUCACAUAAACAUAUGCGACUUAUUUUUCAAAGACAAAAUUAUUGGGAAAAUGGUAAAUGAAGCGUAUUACCGAACCCCUGAGUCUCAGCGUCCUAUGAAAAUCUUAGACUGCCCAGUGCUACCGGGUUAUUAUGUAUUCAACGACAUGAAAAUAGGUUUUAUCGACAUCCCAGAGAGUUUUCCUUUUCCGGAAGGAAGAGUUUUUGGCAAUAUAACACAUGAAGGGCGAGUGGUGGGAAGUGGUCAAUUGGACUUUGUUAUGAAAAUAAUUAAUUAAAACUCGGUAUUCUUAUAAU